AUGCAGGAGCACGACGUAGCCUGCAAGCGAGAGCUGCAGAGGAUGAGGAAGUUCAAGGUCUACAACGACGUGACGCUGUUCUUUAUCUUCGCGUCGCGCUACGUCGAGCACCAGUACGAUGUCUACAACGACUACAUCUCGGCGAAGUUCAAGAGGACUGAGAAGAAGCUGCGCCGGAUUUGCGCGGUCGAAAAUCACCUAUGCGAUAUUUUCUUGGCCCAUCUGACUUACACCGCCAUAGAGAAUCUGGCAAAGUUCUUGAAGGAGCGUCGCAACGGAACGCUCGGCCGAGGUUCCGGUAACGGCACCAACGCGUCCAGCAGCGGCAACGGCGCCGAGGAGCUGAGCGAGCGGGAAAUCGCGGACAUCCGGCGUCAGAUCGAGGCCGUGAACGCGGAGCAGCGCGUCCUCAACGAGGAAGCCUUCGGACCCCUCGCUCCCGACGCCCCCGUGAUCGUCGUCCAGGUGCACGACCGGCUGACCUACCUGCGCCACCUCAUCAUCUCCUUGGCGCAGGCUCGCGGCAUCGAGCAGACGCUCCUCGUCUUCAGCCACGACGUCUGGAACCCCGACAUCAACUAUCUCGUGCAGAACGUCGACUUCUGCAGAGUCAUGCAGAUUUUCUACCCGCACAGCAUACAGACGCAUCCCAAGUCCUUUCCCGGCGAGAGCCCGAACGACUGUCCGCGGAACAUACGCAAGGAGCAGGCCUUGAACCUGGGCUGCACGAACGCCCAGCACCCGGACCUCUAUGGCCACUACCGCGAGGCCAAGUUCACCCAGACGAAGCAUCACUGGUGGUGGAAGGCGAACCGGGUGUUCGAUCGGCUGACGGCGACGCGCAACCACACCGGCAUGGUCCUCUUCCUCGAGGAGGACCACUACGUCGCCGAGGAUUUCCUCCACGUGCUCAGGCUCAUGGAGCGCACCUGCAAGCACAGCUGCGAGCGCUGCAACGUGCUCUCGCUCGGCACCUACCUCAAGACUUACAAUUACUACGCCGACUUCAGCAAGAAGGUAUAUCGAGUUGCAGCCAAUUCCGUGUGUUACUAUUCGAUUUCGUUUCUGCAGUUUUCCACGCUCCUCUCACGCACACAGCGUCGUUGGUGACCUUGGUGGCAAAAUUAAAAUUCGCAAAAAUCAUUCGCAAAAAACUGAAACUUUCCUACACCUCCGCACGCGAAAAUUUCCACGCGAG